UGAACUACGGCGAGCGUGUCUCGACCAAUGGCAUACGAGACUUUGUGCUGCCGCCAACUGGAUCGGCGAUGCGACAGCCCUGCUACAAAACGUUUUUUCACCCCGUCUAAAUAAAAUCGGGGCGCCCCGAGUCAUACCGGUGCAAAGUGCAAUCUAUGUGUUACAUUUCGUGCGUGUCGAUAACGGUGUCGGUGUUGGCAUGAAACAGUGACGGCUCUCGGAAGUGCGAGCAGCCGAUCGGUCGCCAUUUUGCGUCGGACGGACGUCUAGAUUUGCCCAGUUUUCAGAGUGCGGACGAGGUAGCACUACUUCGAGAGGGUGGUCGAGAUGACCCACCAGAACAACACCACCAACUGGGUCAUCCAGGGCACCAACGGACAGCCACAGAUGAUCAAGCUGGUGCAGUCCGGCAAGCCGAUAAGCAGCAUUGUCACCUCGUCGGUGGCGGGCCAGCCGAUCAAGAUAUUUAAAUCGCCAACGUCCAGCACCGCCGACUCCAGCCAGAACUUCGCAGCUGGAGCGCAGGUAAUUAGGACGAUAUCCUCACCUAAAAUUGUGACAAAAACCGUACCAAUACAUGUGAACAGUGGUGCAAUGCCCAAAGUCACGAAAACCAUCAGACUCACACCUUCACAAAUGCAAAAUUUCAAGUUCAUAAACGCCUCGGCCUCCCCCAAAAUCCAAAUACAGGCGGGCACGACCGCCUACCAAACGGCCCCGUCCCCUUCGCCACAGAGCGGCGCCAAGGCGCCACCCAUCCUCUCGCGCAAGAACCAACGGGCCGUCGACUCGCUCGAGAUGGAGUACACGCCGGAGUCGAAGCGAUGCAGGAAGUCGGAGAAGGUGAGCAAGGGGCUGCGUCACUUCUCGAUGAAGGUGUGCGAGAAGGUGAAACAGAAGGGUACCACCACGUACAACGAGGUGGCCGACGAGCUGGUGACGGAGUUCACGAACGCCACCAGCCAGUUCGCGGCCGAGUACGACCAGAAGAACAUCAGGCGUAGGGUGUACGACGCGCUCAACGUGCUGAUGGCCAUGAACAUUAUUUCGAAGGAGAAGAAGGAGAUCAGGUGGAUCGGGUUGCCCACCAACUCGCUUCAGGAGUGUCAGCAGCUGGAGAAGGAGGUACAGAAGAAGAUCAAGUCCAUCAAGGAGAAGGAGCGUCAGCUGAACAAGUUGAUACUCAACCAGGUCGCCUUCAAGAAUUUGGCACAGAGGAAUCGAGACGCGGAGAGGACGCACGGGACGCCCGCGCCUAAUUCGUACAUUCAAUUGCCUUUUAUUGUUGUUAACACGGACAAGAAGACUGUUAUUAAUUGUAGCAUUUCGAAUGAUAAGAUGGAGUACCUAUUUCAAUUUAGCGAUAAGUUCGAAAUCAAUGAUGAUUCGGACAUACUCAAGUCAAUUGGAAUGUUGUCAGGACUGAAUACAGGCGAGUGCACGCCGGAGGAUCUAGAACGAAUUAAAGGAUUAGUACCUGAAUCUCUGUGGCCAUACGUGGACAAAAUUGCGAGCGGCUCCAGCCACUCCGGAUUGGACGACGUGCUGACGACGGCGUCGGGCAGCUCCGGGGCGGUCCACUUCAGCGUCGACGAUCUGGUGGAGGCGACGUUGGAUGACAGUUCGCGACAGUCGUCGAGUUACGACCCGAUGUCGCCGAACGGCGCCGAUUAUUCGGAGGACGAGAUCGACUCGGACAUAUCGAGCGACACCGACCUGAACGGAUAGAACGGGGCGAUGGAGGCGGCGGUGGCGAAUCGUUUUUUUGAUUUUUCGAUGGCGUACCACUUUUUGCACGUCGUAUUUAUUGAUUUUUGUUGGGGGUUUGAUUUGUUAAGAGUUUUUUAAUGUUGUUGAUCUUUUGUUUAGUUUAUCAUAAAUGUUUAUUUCCAGUUCUCCUUGUUUCUGGGCCGAGUUCAAUUUAACAUUUUGCAGUUACAGAACGUUUUUUGUAUUUAAAUAUUCAUCGAAAAUGAGUAACAAUUAUUGUGCAGUGUGGGUAAAGUAUUGUUUCUUUGACAAAAUCACACGAAAAACGUCCAACAGAAGAGAAAAAAAACACGCCUUCCGUCACCCUGAUUAAAGUGGAAGUUGUACGACAAUAUAAAUUUAUUUUUCGUAUGAACGAGACGAAUAGAUAUAGUUUUUGAUAUCACUUAAGAUAGUUGCACUGAUGCUGAGACGCGAUGUUCUGUAAAUAUUGUUGUGGUGAGAGAGACGUUCAUUUUUUGAGCAAGAGUAAAAUUUUGCGCCAAGUGAUUUCAAGUGCUUAACAUAUUUAAACGAGUAAAAUUUUUGUAGAGGACCAAGAUAAUUGAUUUUUUAGCAUGGAGACAGAUUAUUUUAAAAUAGAAAGUCGGUCCCUGAAUUGGACUCUUCACAUGGUUUUGGGCACACCUGAGACUGUGUGAAGAUUGAUUGUUUAAUUUGUUUUGUAAAAAACCUGUACAUAAUUCAAUUUGAACCAUCUGCUUAAUAUUUGAUUAAUUUUUAAAACGAGUUGUAAUUUUUUGUAAAUAAGAUAAUUGAUUGAAAGAGUUUAUGUUAAGAUUUAGCCCUUAAAUAUAUUUGGCCUUUUAUAUUUGGUUUAUUGUUAAAAUUUGUGUUAAUUAAACAGCACAAUUGAAAUUCAAUGUCCAUAUAUGUACAUUCUAAUAAAACAAUACCUGGUUUAUGUUCAAACUGUAACAUAUUAUGGUUAAUUGAAAUACAGAUGUAGAUGCCAUUAUUAUUGAACUAGAAUAGUUUUUUAUCAUUGUACAAUAUUUCUUAUAAAAAAACAAACAAGCAGAAUUUACAAAAUUACACUUUUGACCUGUGAUUAAAAAAAAAUACAUUUUUGGUACCUACAAACAGUAUUUGGUAAUUACAAUAAUGUUGUGACAUGUUCCGUUAAUAAAAUGAUACCAACAAA